ACCUUCCAGAAGCAAAGAUGGAACAAGCCAGCCUCGCCACAAAAACAUCCGGCAAUGUCAUCAGAUGCCGGGCAGCUGUUGCCUGGACCACUAAUGCCCCGCUGUCCAUUGAGGAGGUUGAAGUUGAUCCACCAAAGGCUGGUGAGGUUCGAGUUAAGAUUAUAGCCUCUGGGAUCUGUGGCACUGAUAAUCAUACCAUAGAAGGGAAAAUGAAAACGCCAUUUCCUGUCAUCCUGGGCCAUGAGGGAGCUGGAGUUGUGGAGAGUAUUGGACCAGGUGUAACCACUGUAAAGCCAGGAGAUAAAGUCUUAAUGUUCCCUCUUCCGGAAUGUCGAGAAUGCUUCUACUGCCUCCACCCUGAGGGCAACUUCUGUGAGAAAGAAGAUAUUAUCUCUCCAACUGGAUUAAUGUUGGAUGGGACCAGCAGAUUUACCUGCAGAGGGAAGAAAAUCUAUAAUAUAAUGGGGACCAGCACAUUCACGGAAUAUACUGUGGUGCAUGAGAUUGCAGUGGUGAAGAUUGAUGCUGCUGCCCCUAUGGAUACAGUCUGUAUCAUGAGCUGCGCGGUGCCGACAGGCUUUGGAGCUGUGUUUAACACAGCUCAGGUCACCCCUGGCUCUUCCUGUGUGGUGUUUGGACUCGGAGGAAUUGGCUCUGCCAUUGUCAUGGCCUGCAAAGCCUCUGGAGCGUGUAGAAUCAUUGGGGUUGACAUCAAUGAGGAGAAGUUUCCUCGGGCAAGAGCCUUGGGGGUCACUGACUGUCUCAACCCUAACAAGCUGAAGAAGCCUGUGCAGGAGGUGGUGAAGGAAAUGACGGGGGUUGGUGUUGACUUUGCCUUUGAGGCCAUCGGACUCAUUGAAACCAUGGUUGCAGCUUUGAAGUCAUGCAAUAGGAGCUACGGAGUGUGUGUGAUUAUGGGAGUAGCUCCGACCGGUUCCCAGCUCUCUUUUGACCCAUUGGUACUUCUCCCUGGAAGAACCCUAAAAUCUUCCGUUUUGGGAGGGUAUAAAACCAGAGAUGACAUCCCUAAACUAGUAACUGACUACGUACAAAAGAAAAUCAACAUAGAUCCUCUUAUAACCCAUAGACUGCCUUUCCCAAAAAUCAAUGAAGGAUUCAGAUUGUUGCGAGAGGGAAAAUGCAUCCGUUGUGUCCUCUCUAUGAGACCCUGAUGGUGACGAGCACACUGGCAUCUCAGCAGUGCUCUUCUGUGCUUCUUU